UCUUUCUCUCCCUCUUCAAUCGUUAUAAUCAUAACACUAUUUAUCAAUCUACUCACUUUUCCUCGUCUUCAUUCUCCCUGCCUACCUUUCUCUCUCCUUUUCUCAUCUUAAAUCAACUUUCUCAGUCUUCAUUUAAUCUCAAUACCUUUACAUGUUGAAAACAUUCUCACAUUUUUCUCCUCUUUCCAUUCAAAUUGCUUCUCAGUUUAUCAACACUCAACUUUUUUGAUAGUUUACUUUCGUAUUCAUUAUUCACUUAUCUUCUGUUAAAUACCAAUCCUGAUUUAAUUUGAUAAUUAUUUACUUCAAUUCAUUUCAUUUGGAUUCAUCGGUUUUACUCGCUCUCUUUGUGUCUCCAUUAGAUUUGUAAAUUUGUAUUUCCCUCGGAUCAACAGAGACUACUUGUUUCUCUUUGCAAUCUUGUUUACAUUUUCAUCUGAGUUUAUUGUGGUUUUUUGUGCAGUUUGGCUUGUAGUUUUUAAUUCACCAGUAUUUUAAUUAAUCCAGUGUUUAAUUGUUUUCGUUAAAUAAUCACCCUUACACAAAUCCAACUUAAUUUAAUCAAUCUUUGAAUUUAGCUGAAAAAGGAAAUUUGUGAUAAAAACUCGGCUGAUAUUCACGAAGGACCUCAAAGACGUAAUAAAACUUGAAUUUUUUACUGUUGAGUUUAUUUUACGCUGAAAAUCUGAUAUACGAUAAUAAGAUGGCAAACAAUGCUAUUAUUGACAAUUUAACUUCGAGUGGAGCUUUGCAAGAUUGGCCUCCUGGUCCUUUAGAUUUAUACCGUAAAAAGGCUACAUUUUGCUGGAAAAGGAUGAAAUUAGCCAUGGAAGGUGAAGAUAUCAUUCGCUUCAAGCACAAAGUGUGGUCAACACUUGCUAAAGAUCCACUCUUCAAGCGUCAUCCUUGGGAAGAAUUGUCAAGAGAUGAAGAAAGAAGAUUAACCUUAAUGCGAAUGAAGCGUCUCAUCGAAUAUGAUUUCAUCACUGAGGAAGAAUUCAUUCGUAACCCAAUGUUAGCACCAAUUGCUGGUCAAACCAUUGGACAGUAUUCUCUUUCAUUGUGUGUGAAGAAGUUCCUUGCUUAUGAAUAUUUUAUUGGAAAUGCUCGAACUGCUGGUUCACAGCGACAAAACAAAUUCAUGGCUGAUGUAAAAGCUUUCAAAGCAUUAGGCGCAAUUAGUUUAACUGAAAUGGCUCAUGGAUCAAACACUAAAGCCAUGAGGACAACUGCAACUUUUGAUCCCAAAACCCAAGAAUUUGUUUUACAUACUCCUGAUAUGGAAGCAGUUAAAGUCUGGUCCGGUGUUUUAGGACAGACAGCGACUCAUGCCGUUGUAUUUGCUCAACUUUAUACUCCCGAUGGUACCUGUCAUGGUCUUCAUUCUUUUUUAGUUCCUGUUCGUGAUCCAGCGACUCUUUUACCUUUCCCUGGUUUAACUAUUGGAGACAUGGGACCAAAAGUAGGACUCAAUGGAAUAGACAAUGGAUUUAUGAAAUUUGACAACUACCGUAUUGGUAAAGAUGCUUUAAUGAACCGUAACGCUGAUGUGACACCAGAUGGUACCUAUGUUAAUACAGUUAAAAAUAAAUCUAAACGAGUUGGUGCCACUCUCGGUAUUUUAUCAUUAGGAAGAGUUGCCAUUAUCCUUCAAGCAUUCUCUAACCUGCAAACAGCAAUUGUUAUAUCCGUCCGGUACUCAGCUGUUAGACGACAAUUUGGACCUGCCGAGGGCUCUCAAGAAUGGCCAGUAUUAGAAUAUCAAUCACAACAAUGGCGAUUGAUACCUUACGUUGCUGCUGCCUAUGUAAUACAGCAUUUUCAUCACAUCUUUUUUAAAGAAUAUAUCAACUUUUUUAUAUCUUUGGCUUAUGGAGGUUCGUCACCCGACCAACCUGAUGUAGGAUCUGAAAUUCACUCUUUAUCUUCAGUUGGUAAAGCUAUGGUCGGUUGGAUCGCUCGGGAUGCUAUUCAGGAGUCAAGAGAAGCCUGUGGGGGGCAUGGUUAUCUUAAAGCGUCUCGUUUCGGUGAACUCAGGAAUGAUAAUGAUGCAAAUAAUACUUAUGAAGGUGAUAAUAACGUUCUUCUUCAGCAAACCUCCAAUUGGUUGAUUAAAUUAUAUCGUGAAAAGUUGGAAGAAGGUAAACCAAUGAAAUCACCACUUGGAUCAAUCGAUUAUAUAGAUUCAAUAGAUAGCAUAUUAUCAAGCACCAUGAAACCCGACAUAGCGAGCAAUAUUGAAUCACUUAUUCACUCUUACCAGUUUCUAGUCUGUUGGCUUUUAGUGAAAUCAUCUGAAAAGCUUACUCGCGAGUUGACCAAGUCUGGAGAUGCUUUCAUUGCUAAAAGUGCAACUCAAGUUUAUUACUUGCGAUCUUUGGCCAUUGCCUACUUCGAAUGUGAUAUUAUUUCUCGGUUUCACAAAUUCUAUACUGAGGAUCCCAUAGAACCAGAAUUAAAAUCAAUUUUGUCCAAAUUAAAUCUUCUCUUUGGUUUGUGGGUGUUUGAAAAGCAUAUAUCAACACUUUAUGAAGCCAACCAUAUACCAGCAUCAUUUAAAGAACCUGUAACAACAAUUCACGAAAGCAUUCUAUCAUUGUGUAGUAAUUUGAAAGACGACAGUGUAAGCUUGGUCGACGCCUUGGCUCCUCCAGAUUUCAUAUUAAAUUCAUCUCUUGGUUAUUCUGAUGGGCGAAUUUAUGAUCAUAUUUGGGAAGCGCUGAUUGAAAACAAAGAUGCUCUUAAAAGGCCAGAUUGGUAUACAGAGUUUACUCAAAACAAACCAAUCCCUCGCCAAGGUGUAUCCAAUGAUGAUCUUGUUCGGUCCAAAUUGUGAUCUAAACGCAAAAUGUCUUAUCAAGUGACAAAAAAAGAUUUGGUUGUAAAAUCAGCAAUCAAAAAUGAUAGGAUCUUCAAAUAUUUUCUGACUCAGAAAACUAAACAAUUUAACGAACUUAAGGAAACAAUCAGAUAAACAGUUGGUUGUUCAUUCAAUAUUCUUGAGAUACAUAAUCCUUGGGAACACAUUUUAUAAGAUUUAAUUGUUAAUUCUUUAAUGUAACUCAUACAAUUUUCUGGUUUCCAAAAUGUUGGUGCUUAAGAAAUCUGUGAAUUGUUCUUAUAUUUUCAUUACUCCCGAUAUGUUUAUCAUUGGUGAUAAAUAACCUGUUGAAAUAUUUUUUACUUUUUUUAAAUUGAAUUUUUAUAUCAAAUUGUCUCCAAGCCCUUUUAUCAUUUGGUUUAUAAAUGUACAUUAAUCUAUUAAUAAGACUAUUGUUAUUUUUCGUAAUUUGAUGCAGAUAAGACUCUUUUAAACUUAAAUUUUCUCAACUUUCCAAUGCGCCUUGAUUAAAAAUGCCUUCAAAAUUUUUUGAUUAUAAUGUCAAUUGAAAUUCAAAAGACAGAAAUUCAUAAGUCUCAUUGUUUAGAGCAAUGAAUUAGGUGAAACACAAAUAAUAAUAAAUUUUAAUUUUAUUUAUGCA